GUACUAGCUGUGUUCUAGAAGUAUGGUUGUUUUCUUUUAUCAUGGGGCCUGUAUGUCUUUCUGUAGAAUUAGGCCUACUUUAUUUAGCUACACAUAAUGUUCACAAGUACAAAGGGAUGAAGAUGAUGAAGCCCAGGUUAUUCAUUUCUGCAGGCUACUGCAUCUCCCUACAGCUGCAUUGAAUUGAAAUUUGUGAGAAACAUUUUAUAAUCCUCUGGACUCCUCCUCUGGUGGGACUGGUAUGAUUUCUUGUAAGAAGACAGUGACUGGUCUCUUUUUGUGAAAGACAAGCAAAAUACUUUAAGAGAAAACUCACAAGAAAGAUAGAGAAUGUUGGCUGGAGGUCAUGGAGAGGAGAACCCAAAUGCAUCCUGGCUGAAUGGCCGUGGGAUGUGGCUCAGUUACGUCAUUGGAGUCCUCUUCCUUCAUCUGGUACUCCUUGCUGUCCCCUUCUUCUCUGUACCUGUUGCAUGGACGCUCACCAAUGUCAUCCACAAUGGUGCCAUGUUCAUCUUCCUGCACACAUUGAAGGGCUGCCCUUGGGUGGGCUUGGACCAAGGAAAGACAAGAGCCAUGACACAUUGGGAACAGAUUGACUAUGGGAAGGAGUUCACUGCUUCAAAGAAGUUUCUCACAGUCAUCCCUAUACUCCUGUUCAUCCUGGCCAGUUUCUAUACCAAAUACGAUGCCAUCCACUUUGUACUGAAUUUUCUGAGCUUGGUCUCCGUCCUUGUCCCAAAACUCCCAGAAGACUACAAGAUUAACCUUUUUGCGAAGUCAGAGAAGGUUUAUUGAAACAUUUCUUCAUUCAUCUGGAGCUGUCUUUCAAAAUUCCCUUCUCUCAAGUCUCGGCGCAUAAGUUGGGGAAAAUGUCUGUGAUGCAUGACAGGAUGCACCCUCCAGUGACUAAGAAAAAAUCUCCAUGUGCUUCCUUCAGUCUUGAACGUGGAGGGAAAUUCGGGAGAAAGAAUUAUAAAGAUGAUUCACUGAUUCCUGUCUGCUCAUUUUUGGCUUGGUGUGGGAUUCUUCUUUGGUCAGGAAAAUGGAUCUUUCCAUGUGGAUUUUUGCCUUCACAGUGGUUCUGUGUUCUUGCAGCUUGUGCUAAGAAUGAUUUUUUUUUGUCUCCAUGAGUUGAGGUAAGAUUUCAUGGGGGAAAGAAAUUAAUAAUAUAUUGCUUAUGAAUUCCUCAAGGCAAUGUGUAGUGAUAUCAUUCCAUUCUUCUAUGUUUUCUGAAAUGGGUAAAAUGAAGCUCAUAUUUGUGACAUUUUUGAAUAUUGUGAUGCCUAUGGAAUGGUCUCAGGGAAGACCAUCCUAGGGUUUCUAUUUUAUAAAAGUAACAUGAAAUUUCUCCUUUGUCUGAAAGAUCCAUCAUUCAAACUCCAAUUCAAACAAAGUUUGCAUAUUUAGAAAUUUUCUCUGGAACUACCAUCAUGUUCCUUAAGUAUUCGUUUUGUGCCAGCUGGGGAAAACUGUCUAUUUAAAAAGAAGAGAGCUCCCUGCCUAUCAGUUAUCAUAGCUGGGGUUGGACUUUGAUUUUGUAGAUUUUUACAAUAAAAACCAAUUAUGGAAACAAGUGAUAGGCAAGAAAAAAAUUUAAAUCAGUCAAUUUCAGUGCCAUAAUAUUUUUUACAACACACAUGAAGUUGAAAAAUACAAUUUCAAGGAUGAGAAUUGGGGUAGAUUAUCUCAGUAAGAGUUACAGAUUCAAUUUCUUACUGAAUUCCCUUUUCUUCUUGUUUCUCCAGCUGGUCUCAUCCACAUUGCCUCUAAGGGCACACCUGGGAAAGGACAUGAACAUGUGGACACAGUGGGUUAGAUUUCAAUUGAAUGUGCUGUUUGAAAACAAAAAACUAUUUUUCUUUUUAUUUCGCUCAAACGCACUGUUAACAUAUAUAUUUAAUGAUAAAAUCUAGAUAAUAAGAAGGUUCUACUAUGGCCAUAACCAUAUUUUUCUUGAAGCAUGGCUGCAGAUGCUCAUCCCCUUGUUGAUUGGAUGGUACAAAGAGACGGAUCUUGAAUUGCAUUAUGAGCAGGCUUCACAUAAACAAUAUAAGAUCCAUUGUGUCUUGAUGCUGGUACAGUGGAAUGCAGGUGACCAGACAUUGCAUGGGACUUUGCUGCUGAUAUUCAAUUCAUCUUUUGUCACAUGUCUUGCAUGUACUGGUAGAGGAAUAAAGCAUUUUACUGAGCUCAUCCAAAUA